UUUCUUUAGUUGUGUGUAGUUUCAAUUCAGAGAAAUUCGCACUUCUUUUGCGACUUUGUGAGGAGGAAGAUGAUGUGAUUAUGUAUGGCUGUACGAGCAAUGCGCUCAACUUGUUCGAUAAAUGCAUAGGCGAGGUCUAUGUUCUGGCAUGUUGAAAGUCGUGGUGAUAGAGAAAUGGGAAUCAAAUUUCUCAGUGCAUUUUAUUAUUGUGAAGGAAAAAUUGCAUGCCAAAGUGAAAUCUUUCAUGACUAAAGGGGAGGUUGCAUUGGACCUUGUAGUAAUGGAUGCUCUUGGUGGGACCAAUGAAAAACAUUCGGAGCCUGCUGCAACUUACAUAGAGGAAAGCAUGAAGCAUGGCAAUCCAGUGGUAUUUACCCCCCAUUUGCUUGAUGGUUUGCCCCUUAAAGUGGUUUUUGAACUCAAGGAUGAGAAUGCACUUUUGAAGGCCAUGGAUUUUGGGUUGUCCGUUUUCAUUGAAGAAGGGAAGGUGUACUGGGGUAUAGUUGGGAGUGCUUAUUAUGUUGCACCUGAAGGAUUACGAUGGAGAUAUGAAAUAGAUACUUGGAGUGCAGGAGUUAUCUUGUAUAUUUUACUCAGUAGCGUACCUCCAUUUUGGGCUGAGAUGGAGAAGUGGAUUUUUUAUGCUAUUUUGCAAGGGGAAAUUGACUUUGAAAGCAAGCCAUGGCCAUCUAUUUCAAACAGUGCCAAGGACCUGGUCCGCAAGAUGCUAACGCAGGACCCAAAGAAAAGGAUCACUUCUACUCAGGUUCUAGAGCACCCGUGGAUUAGAGAAGAUGGAGAAGCAUCAGACAAGUCAAUCGACAGUGCUGUCCUUUCCAGGAUGAAGCAAUUCACAGCAAUGACCAAACUAAAGAAACUUGCCCUGAAGGUCAUUGCUGAGAUUUUUUCUGAAGAAGAAAUCCAAGGGCUGAAGGCAAUGUUUACAAACAUUGAUACUAAUAAAAGUGGCACAAUCCUGUAUGAAGAACUGAAGGUAGGAUUGACUCGUCUUGGCUCAAACCUUUCAGAGGCUGAAGUAGAGCAGCUCAUGGAAGCUGCUGAUGUGGAUGGGAAUAGGUCAAUUGACUACAUUGAAUUUAUCACUGCUACAACGCAUAGACACAAGCUAGAACGAGAUGAACAUCUUUUCAAGGCUUUUCGAUAUUUUGAUAACGAUAAUAGUGGGUUUAUUACCAGAGAUGAACUAGAGAUUGUCAUGAAAGAAUAUGCAAUGGGUGACGAUACCACGAUCAAGGAAAUAAUAUCAGAAGUUUAAUGAUGUAUAUCUUGA